CAAAGUUUCCCGCCAAUCUCUUGACUUAAUUCACUCAGCAAAUAAAAACAAAAUAAAAAAACCACCAUUUUAAUCUUUGUAAUUUAUCUUAUCAGUUAUAUUAGAAUUAUUUAAAAAUGGGUAUUUUGGGAUUAUCAAAGUUAAUAGCAGAUAUUGCACCUCAUGCUGUGAAAGAAAUGGAGAUAAAGAACUAUUUUGGCCGCAAAAUCGCUAUUGAUGCAUCUAUGAGUCUAUAUCAAUUCCUGAUUGCCGUGAGAAGUGAAGGUGCGCAAUUGACAUCUGUCGAUGGUGAGACCACAUCACAUCUAAUGGGAACAUUCUACCGCACAAUCAGACUUGUGGAGAAUGGUAUAAAACCAGUUUAUGUUUUUGAUGGGAAACCACCAGAGUUAAAGUCGCAUCAGCUAAAUAAAAGAGCAGAGAGAAGAGAAGAGGCUGAGAAGGAAUUACAGAAGGCUACUGAAGCUGGUGACCAAUCCCAAAUAGAGAAGUUCAACCGGAGGCUGGUGAAGGUGACGAAACAGCAUAGUGAGGAGGCUAGACAGCUCCUCAAGUUGAUGGGCAUCCCUGUUGUGGAGGCACCCUGUGAAGCUGAGGCACAAUGUGCAGCACUGGUAAAAGCAGGCAAAGUGUAUGGAACGGCCACAGAAGAUAUGGACGCGCUGACCUUUGGCGCUGAUGUUUUACUGCGCCACAUGACGUUCUCCGAGGCGAGGAAAAUGCCAGUCCAGGAAUUCCAUCUGAGCAGUGUACUGAAAGGCCUCGAACUGGAGUAUAAGGAGUUUAUAGAUCUCUGCAUAUUACUCGGCUGUGACUACUGCGGUUCCAUCCGGGGGAUCGGGCCGAAGCGCGCCAUAGAGCUGAUCCGGCAACACCGGUCGUUAGAUGAAGUGCUGCGGAAUAUCGACACUACCAAGUAUCCACCGCCAGAGAACUGGGACUACGAGGAGGCGAGGAAGCUGUUUUUAGAACCUGAAGUGCGGAAUCCCAGUGAGAUUGAGAUCAAAUGGACGGAUCCUGAUGAGGAAGGUCUGGUGAAGUUUCUGUGUGGAGACAAGCAGUUCAAUGAGGAACGAGUACGGAACGGCGCCAAGAAACUGAUGAAAGCAAGAACUGGCACCACGCAGGGCAGGCUUGAUGGGUUCUUCAAGGUACUAUCAACAACACCAAAUCCUAAACGCAAAGCCGAAGAAGAGAAAAAGAGUGCAGCUAACAAGAAAGCGAAGGUCGGGGGACGGGGUCGCCGACCCAAGUAAUAACUGAUGAUUUAUAAGUACAUAUCAUGUGUGCUUUGAAGAUAAUUCAAAGAGCAAAUCUCAAUUUAGGAUUUAUUAAUGAUUCGAAAUGUUGAAGUUGAAAAAGUAAGUUCUUGGCUCAUCAAAUGGCAAGUUUUGAUUAUAAUAGUACUUUGUUACCUUCUAGAAAAGUCUAGAGGUUGGCUGUACUAACCAAAUUAUAAUUUAUUAGUUUUUGUACGCGACUUUGUGACUUACGCGUGGAUUUUAGAAUAUUACCCUCUUUAGUGGUUGAAUUUUCAAAUUCUUAUUGUCUAUGCUAUAUAAAGAACCUAUCUGCAAAAUUUUAGAUUUUGGUUUCAGUGUUUCGGCUGUGCCUUGAUAUAUAAGGUCAGUCAGUCGAUCAGUCACUCAGCAUCCUUUUUUUUUUAUUUAUAUAGAUGAUAAAUACGAGACUAACAGCAGAUGCCAGGACAAGUUCUUAACUCGGUGCAAAUUAUAGUUGUCUCUUUUCCAUUUUUUAUGUAAUUUAGAAUGGCAAACUGAUGGCUUAUACUGAUGUUUCCAACAGGUGAGCUAUCAUACUUUUUGCAAAAUUAAAAAAAAAGCUAAUGAGAGUGUCAUUCAAGAACGAAAUUUUCAUCUCCAAUUUUUCCGAUAUUCAUUCCGUCUUAAUUUCUUUUUUAAUGAUACGAUAAUGUUUGUAAAAAAUCUGUUUUGUUUUUUUGUUACUACGACGUUAUAAUGAAACGUUUCUAAUGUUAAUAUACUUGACAGUAGGAGUGGGUAAUAUAUAAGAAUAUCUAUUUAUUUCGAUUGCAAUAACUAUAUAUUGGUCUAAUAACCAAUAUGUUAAAUCGUCAUAGUCGAAGAAUACUGGCGGAUCUGACGAAUAUUACAUAUAAUGAUCCGUCAGUAUUCUACGACUAUGACGAAAUAUCUGUUAUCCAACAUACAAUAUGGAUAUAAAGAAUCCAAAUUGAAAUAAAUAUAUAAUAAAUAUCCGACCAGUAUGUGCGAUUUCAAAUGGAUAAUGACCAUUUUUUCGUCAUCAUUAUCGACAGGAAUUCAAUAUAAAGAUAUCUCAACGGUACGGAUAUUACCCAUGCUUACUUGAUAGAUAUAAUAUUAGUAUGUCAAGUGUGACUAAGUUGAACAAUUGUAUAAUCACAGUACACUUAUGAUAUGAUCACUAUAAUUAUAUUUUCAGUAAAUUUAACUAGUGAUAAGUUUUAAAAUCGCUUCUCUAGCUAUAUAUAUAUAUAUAUAUAAUGUUAUGAUUUUUUAUACAAACUGAAAUUAAAGUCAUUUACUCCAAAAACCGUUAACUGUAUGAUCUACUGUAGUUAAUAAGUACAGUAAAUUUUCCCAACUCUAUUAUUCUUUGAAGAUCUUAAAUAUAUUGUAUGAAGCUUUACUCUUUACAAUGAAUGCCUGAAAAUACUUUAAAAAAAUAGUCUAUCUAUGGAGAAAUAGCAUCGUGAAAAUUUACAGUGCGUAUUAAAUAAUAUAAUUCAUAUCAAAAACGUAAAUCUUCAAGAAAAUAUUUAUUAGUUUUAUCACUUUUUAAAAUUAAGAUUUUCCCUUGUAAGACAUGAAAAUUAGUAUACAUGUUUUGUUGUUUUUAUAUUAAUUAUGGUGUAAGUUACGUAACAUAAAUCCGUAGACUACAAAAUUACAUCCUAUGUCAACCUGUAACUGAAAAUAAUAUUAUACAGCCGGUCUGCAAACAGAAUCUCUUAUUUCCGUUUUGUUGUAUAACCACAUUAUCAUGUUAAUAAUAAUGAUCUGACGAUGUAAUGUAGCUACAUUCUGUUCUAAUAAAUAAUAUGAUUACA